UAUAUAAACCAGAGCCAGACACAAAAGGCAGAGAAGGAUCUAAGACAUUUCUAUAUAUUCUUCAUUAAAAAAAUAUAUUAGUUGGUAAACUUAAAUACUAAUGGAAAAUGAGGGUUCAUGAUCAACGGCUUAGAUUUGAUGUCACACCCAAACCGAUGGGUUUGUCCGGAGGAAGUUCUUUGGUCACGGCAAGAUCCGUCGCAGUUCUUCUCUUUCUCUCUCUCCUUCUUCUGAUCCUUCCGCCGUUCCUUCCGCCUCUCCCACCGCCUCCGGUGACACUCCUCCUCCUCCCUCUCCUCCUCAUGGUUCUCCUUGUCUUCUUGGCCUUUUCUCCAUCUAACGAGCCCAGCCUCGCCGUGGAAUCUCUCGAAGCCGCCUGAAGUCCGCGACUCCCGCACCGUACGUACGUACGUAUGUACAUACAUAUAUGCAUUACGCAACUGUUGUAUAAGCUAGUGGAUAUGUGUAUGUGUCUCAAAGGCUUUAAGUUUCGUGCAAGUAAGAUCAUGUCAUGUGAUGAUAGAUCUCCUCCGAGUUUUAUUUUUCAAGGAUUUCGUGUAUAUUUAUUGUUUUUAAUUACUUUCUAUGAGCUAUUAGAUUUUCUUUUGCUUUUCUAUUCGUUUUUUCUUUUCUUUUUUAAUUUGUAGAAGAAUUUUGUUUUAUUUGUAGAAACCUUCUUUGAUAAUUAAUAUACGUACGUACGUACGUUUAUGUUUA